AUGAAUAAGUCUACAUCCAUGAUAUCUGCGCCAAUUCUCUUGGUGGUUCUCUUCUGCAUUUCGUUUCGUGCAGACGGCGCAUGCCAGGGGCGCCAGUCGUAUGUCCUGUCUAUUCAAACGAGCUUCACCCGAAGUACUCUCCCCACCGUUCCUGACAAGGCUCGCAUUCCCCUUGUGAUUGCCGUGGCCCACAGCUCGUCAUUCAAUCUAUUUCUCAAGGGAGAUAAGUUGACGGAUGAAGUCGCUGAGGUUGCGGAGAAGGGGCGGGCGGAACUUCUUGCAACACGUUUGAAUGCACUGAAGGAAAGCGGAGUCGUGUCUUCAUUCUCAGUGGAAGAAGGUGUACCCAUCGAUGAGGUAACUAAACUGGAGCUAACUGUAGAGGACGAGGCAUCUCUUGUAAGCAUCAUCGCGCCUCUCUCUCCCUCUCCAGCAUGGUUUGCCGGACUAUCAGGUCACGAUCUUUGCAACGAAGGCGAAUUUAUUCCAGCAGAUAGUCUAGAGCUUGUCAACUACAAUGCCGGGCUCCAGCGGGGCACGGCGUUUGGGGCAAAUGUAGAUCCUUACCCAGAGGGAAAGACUAUUGCAGUCGGUCCAGAGGAAUCCUUGUCUGAUUCCGUAUUUGCCAGGCUAUCUCUUGAAGAAGGCAGCCUCGGUGUGGACUGGUGGAAGAUAUUUUUGGGUGUUCUGGUAGCUGUUGCAGUUGCUAUUGUUGUAACGGUAUUCAUCCUUCCCCGAUGCCGCAGGAAGAAGACGACUGAUAUUCCACUUACCGCCCCAGACGGUGUGCAGUGGUAGGACUGCUUUGGAACAACUACACCGGCCGCAACCGCAACAGUCAUUGUGACUGUUGACAAGGGCCGCGCUUAUGAUCGUAGAGCUCCCAUUACUGCAUUUAGAAUGUUUGGCCUAAAUCCUUACAGGAAUGGCGUCCUCAUAUACCGCAUCUGCAACAUGCUGCCAGGACAAAGGCAGCUGUUCUUCAAUUUGCGCCUUCACACCGAUUUGUUAGCGCGAUUCACGGGAGAACCGUGCAUUCUGUAUGUAGUACAGAUAUUUGUUACUUUAAGCAACGGCAGUAUCCCUGCCCAAGCGAUUUUCCCGACUGAAAAGCAAAAGCGCAACCUGCAUUUCGAAUGAGGUUCGCAACACAA